GCGUACAGGAAGCUUAUGCAAGCAUACUCGCUUGCCUUUGGCUUUAGACAGCCAUACCAAGCGCUGGUGGAUUCGCUUAUGUGCAAAGAUGCGAUGGACCAUAAGCUAGAUCUGGUUAAACAACUAGGAAUUGUGCUUCAGGGCACUGUCAAGCCCAUGAUCACACAGUGUUGCAUACAUGAGCUCUAUCUACAAGGAAAGGUGAUACAACCCGCUGUCGAUCUCGCGAAGACAUUUGAGCGCAGAAAAUGCAACCACAUGGAACCUAUCCCGGGCGACGACUGCAUCGCAAAUGUGGUCGGCGAUAAGAACAAGCACCGGUAUAUAAUUGUCACGCAAUCGCAGCAUCUGCGGGCGAAGCUGCGGGAAAUCCCUGCCGUUCCAGUCGUACACAUAAACCGUUCCGUCAUGAUUUUGGAACCCAUGAGUGAGGCUAGUGUACAGGCAAAGGAAAAGGCCGAGCAGCAGCAGAUGCUUCCGUCUGCCUUGGAGACCGCCAAGGUGGCCCAAUCAAAACCAGCAGAAGAGCCUCCUCGCAAAAAGCGGAAGGGACCGAAAGGACCGAAUCCCCUUAGCGUCAAGAAAAAGAAGGUUAAACGACCUCCUGCUCCUUUACCGAAAAGACCUGCCACCGAAGAUACAGACAAGGUUGGCGGAAAGAGAAAACGAGUGGAGGCUGGUCAGUCAGAGCACGCGAAUGCUAGCUCAGGUUCUGGACACGACAGAAAGCGUCGUCGGAACGGUGCAUCGACGACUGUAGUUAGUGCCGUGAGGGACAAGGGUGCACCUGAUGGCGAGGAUUGAUCCGGCGGCAUCAGAGUACGCGUCUACCCACUAUGGCAUGUACGGAACACACA